AUGGCUUUACUACCAAUGAUCUUCGUGCUGGUGCAAAGCCUGAUCCAGUACCCCCAGCCGGCUGGGGAUGGGCUGGAUGAGGCCACGCACCGGCGAAUGAAGGAGCGUGAGGAGGUGCUGGACCACGAGAUGGCUCGACUACUGCAGGAGCUGGAGGAGCAGGACGAGGGCUGGGGAGCUGUGCUCUCUGGUGCCCUGCAGCAGUGGCCAUUUUGGGUCCUUGCUGGAGUCCUGCUCCUCUUGGCCCUGUGGUUUACCUGCAGGAGAAGGAGCGGUGAGGCCAGCAACAAUGGUGUCAGUGAAGGUGAAGACAGCGUAGAUGGACGGGAAGAAAGUAUGGAGGUGAAGGUGCAGGAAAGCAGCGGUGCCAGUGAACAGAGAAGCAGAGAAAAAGAAAAUGAUGGUGGCAAGGGAGAAAGUGGCAGUGAUGGAAUGGAAGACAGAGAAAAGACCGGAUAUGCUGGGAAUGAGCAAGGAAUCCUUUUAGUGGACCGCAUAGAGUGGCCUGUGGAGGACCUGGAGAGAGGCUGCUCAGUAAUAGCUGAGCUGAUGGAGAGCUUGACGCGUGUCUUUGUGGACAGCGUGAGCAAUAGCUUCUACCCAGUGCCUCAAGAAGCCAUCGGGAUGGGCAGUGCCUUUGAGGGUUGGAGUCCCCGUGACUGGGAUGGGGUGUACCGUGUGCUGGUCCCACUGAAUCCCCCACCAGGGCACGCCUUCCACCUGGAGCCGAACAGUGCAGGGCAGGUGGCAGACAGGACCUUCAACGUCUGUGUGGAGCUGGUGUGCAUGUGCGAGAAUGAGCAGGUGGAAGAGAAGCCACUGUGCUUCUUGCACCACUCGCGGAAGGAGCUGCGGCGGGAGCAGAAGCGCAGCCUCCUAGAGACGCUCUGUACCAUCUCCUACCUGGACGUGGAAAAAACCUCCCGCUGGUUCUGCCACUUGGUGAGAAGCUCGUGGCUGCAAGUGCCUCAGUGGCACUCAUGGUACGUGGUGUUUCAGCCCUGCAGCCGGUCCUGCCGAUUGGAGCUAAGCAAAGGCAGGGAGAGCCUGACGGUGGAGAUGCUCUUUGGGGUGCGCCGAGGGGAUUCUGACAUCUUUGUGAGCAGCCAGCCCACCAAGGCCGCCAUCACUGCAAGCACAGCGUGGGCAGAGACGUACGCUGUGGCAGAGGCGAAAUUCUUCCGGCACAUCGCCAGGCAGCUGCCGUGUGAGAGCUUGCACCUGAAAUGCCUGCAGCUCUUCACCUGCAUCCUGAGGGGCACAGGUUUUUCCAGCUCUACCUGGAAGACUGUGGUCAUGCACGUGCUGACCACAGUACCUCUGUCCCGGUGGCACAGGAGAGCAUUUGCACGGCGGCUGUGGGACAUCAUGGCGUACCUGGACCGCUGCCUGCAGCUGACACACCUGAGGCACUUUGUGCUGGGCAAUGACAGGCUUCCUGCCGAGAUCAGCUUGCCACCAGCAAUGCGAGGGGUUGUGCCACCCAACCUCUUUGAGCACCUGGCCCGAGAUGCGGCCGCCCACAGAGAGGCAAGGCAAGCUUAUGGUCGGCUGCGAUUUCGCCUCGGGGUGCUGCUCUCCAGCCACUGAGAGGAGUUCCCUGCACAGAGCUGUGCGGGAGUGUCACACCCGAUGGCAGCCACCUGAACUCUGCAUAGCUGGUACAUUUGUCACUGGCCAUGCUGAAGCUGCUUUCCUGCUCCUGAGGAAGGAAGAUGCAGCACAUGGAUUCACUGUGCAGACACAUCUCUGGAUGGCCUUGCCCUUCACCUUCCAUUUCCAACAGUGCUGCUGACCUCGCCUGUGAGGCAGAAACCUGCUCCACCUGCACAUCCUAACGGAAGGCAGUGAAGGUGAUUGAGGUUGCUUGGAAGACCUUGAAGACAGCAACCUAGACUGCUAUUGUUCUAAUGUAGUUAAUUUGUUUUAGCUGUAGCAUUAGUUGUAGUUGUAGUUGUGCAUGUAACUGUAGCUGUAGCUUUAGUUUUAGUUCUAACUAUAGCUGUAGCUGUAGCAUUAGUUGUGCAUGUAACUGUAGCUGUAGCUUUCAUUCUAGUUGUAGCUGUAGCUUUAAUUAGACUUGUUUAUUAGCAUUUCUUCUAAAGGACAUUUAGUGUUGUUAGUUUCGCCGCCUUACCCUUAGUUUAGAGAACUGAAAUGCAUUUCUAUAGCGCCGUGUCUCCUUUUCCAUAAUAUUUGGAUAUCUGUGUUUGAAAAAUUAAUAAAAAGUGAGAAAUUUCGCAAA